AUGAAACUUUACGACAUAAAUCAAUCCGGUUAUAUUGAUGUCGAUCGGUCCGACCCCUGUUGUGGAUGUCUUGGUGUUUUAGGCAGCGACACUUCGAUCGCCCCAGUACUCAGUAGGCUUGUAGUCUCCGCGACCGCAAAUGUCAUGGAGUCGCCAAACACUCCUCUAGAAGAGGAAUCGAACCUUCGAGAUAAGGAGGACAAGGAGGCAAGCUCUCCUACUUUCGGAAAUUAUUUGAGGAUUCUCUCCUACGGUACUAGAAAUGGUCGGGUUUUCCUCGUCAUCCUGGGCUUGGUAUGCGCCAUGGGAUCCGGAGUGGCUCUGCCAUUAAUGAACAUUGUCUUUGGAAAACUUGUCGGUGAUUUCAAUCAAUAUUUCGUCCCAGGUGCUGCCCCCAGCGAGGAGACAUUUAAAGCCUCGAUCAACCAAAACAGUCUCUAUAUUGUAUACCUGUUCAUUGGCAAAUUUGUGUUGACAUACAUUUCUAUGAUCUGCUUUCGGGCCCUCAGCCUAUAUGCAUCCGCUGCAUUGCGUCUUGAAUAUACCACUGCGCUUUUUGCGCAACCGAUAGGUCGACUGGAUGAAAUCUCUGUUGGGACAAUAACAAAUUCAAUUACGGGGUUAUCGAAUACAAUUCAGCAAAGUGUGUCAGACCGGCUGGCUAUCCUGUUUCAGUCUCUCGCACUGCUUGUUUCCGCUUACGCCAUUGCCUUCAAAUACUCAUGGGCACUCACAUUGGUGGUCAGUGCGGCGAUCCUGUUCGUGCUGAUCAGUUUUAGCAUGACAGUACCAUUCCUGGUGAAGAUACAGCGGAACGUCGACAAGGCUGAUAACCAUCAUGCAACUGUUGCAGGUGACGUCUUUAGCUCUAUCCGAACAGUUUUCUCGUUGGGUGCAGAGGAUCCAUUGACCAAGAAAUACGCCCGUUUAGUUGAUGACGCCAAAAGGGAAGGCUUGCGGAUGUCCCCCGUCACUGGUAUCCACUUGGGGCUUCUUUUCUUUGCGAUGUAUGUGAGCUUCGCAUUGGCGUUUUGGUUUGGAUUGAAGCUCUACCGUGAGGGUCACAUCGCCAAUAUCAACACGGUCAUCACGGUCUUCUUCUCCGUGCUCCUCGUGGUAACAGUUUUGGGGGGUAUCGCUUCACCCCUCAUGGCCAUUACCAAAGCAAUCAGUGCAUCAGGGGCAUUUUUCAGCAUCAUUGACUCGGAGAAGAUCUCCACAGCUGGGCUCAGGGACCAGGAUGCGCUCUGUAGUGCCGAUAUCAUAUUUCGUGAUGUUACCUUCGCCUAUCCAAAACGGCCAGGUGUAUACGCUCUGAAUGGAUUCAACGCCACAAUCAAGAAUGGAAAAACAACAGCACUAGUUGGGCCGUCAGGGUCCGGAAAGAGCACUGUGGUUGCGUUGCUUGAGAGAUGGUAUGAACUGCUUGAUGAAUCACCGUCAGAUUCCACAGGGAAACUCCACUCGGGAGAAAUUACUAUGGACAAUCGCCGCAUUCAUGAAUUAGACCUGAAAUGGUGGAGAUCCCAGAUCGGAUUAGUUCAACAAGAGCCGUUUCUCUUCAAUGACUCGAUUCACAAUAACGUUGCGUUUGGGCUGAUUGGGUCGAAAUGGGAAAAUGAACCGGAGGCUGUGAAAGUGGGACUGGUGGUAGAAGCGUGCAGGGAGGCCUUUGCAGAUGAGUUUAUCACACGGCUUCCUCAGGGCUAUUCAACGGUCGUUGGUGAGGGCGGGAUUACCUUAAGCGGAGGACAACGCCAACGACUUGCUAUCGCACGGAGCAUUGUCGGGCAACCCUCCAUUCUGAUCUUCGACGAAGCCACAAGUUCUAUCGACGUCCGCGCUGAAAAAAUUGUUCAAGCUGCUCUCGACCGUAUAUCGAAGCAUCGAACCACAGUUAUAAUUGCACAUCGCCUCUCUACUGUGCGCCGAGCAGACAACAUCAUUGUUAUGAAAGAUGGUGUGAACAUGGAACAAGGGACACAUGAAGACCUCAUAAGCAGAGGAGGGAUAUAUCAUGGAAUGGUUGGCGCGCAACAACUUGAACCGCUUCAAGCUCUCGACAACGACGAUGAAUGGGAUGGCGUGAUCCUCCCGAAGGAGGAGAUUGAGCCGCAAGAAUACUCGAUCCACAAGAUUGAAGAUGAAGAACAAGAUCUGCAAGCUAGCCGCAAGCCGAAGGAAGUUGGCUUCUUUCAUUCAUUCGGCGUCGUCGCUCAUGAUCAUCGGAAGCAUUGGAUUUUGUACACUUUGAUCAUCCUCGGGGCUGCCGGAGCUGGCUCUGGAUAUGCGCUACAAAGCUGGCUCUUUGCACAGUUGAUUCAGGUCUUCCAAUUUACUGGACAGAAACUUGUUAAUGCGGCUAAUUUCUGGGCAUUGAUGUUCUUCAUCCUGGCUCUUGCCAUGGCGGCAUUCUACUCCUUUUUGGGAUGGACCUCAAACUCGGUCUCGCUGUCUGUCGCAUCGACCUAUCGCAAAGAUUACUUUGUCAAUAUCGUCCGAGAGUCGGUUGCAUAUUUCGAUCGGGAAGAGAACGCCUCCGGCAGCUUGGUAUCCCGGUUGUCGACAGAUCCAAGACAAAUCCAAGAAUUAUUUGGCCCUACCGGUGUCUUCCCUCUGAUAUCUGUUUUCAAUGUCAUUGGAUGUGUCAUCAUAUCUUUCAUCUUUGGCUGGAAGUUGGCAGCUGUUACGUUCUUUGCCGCCAUGCCGUUUCUCUUCCUUUCUGCCUUCAUGCGUAUCCGCUACGAGGUCAUGUUUGAAUCUUUGAAUGCAGAAGUGUACAAAGAUAGUUCGCAGUUUGCAGCCGAAGCAAUACGUGGAUUCAGAACGGUCACCUCCUUGACCAUGGAGGAUCACAUUAUUACGCGUUAUUCGGAUUUAUUACAGCAGCAACGGGAAAAAGCACUUCGAAAAGCUUGGUAUGCGACGCUUGUCUUCUCGUUUUCAGAUAGUGUGGAACUGUGUGCAAUGGCUCUCACCUUUUGGUACGGUGGGCAACUGCUGGCAUCUCGUGAAUACGAUACUACCGCAUUCUUUGUGGUAUAUGUUGCUAUUAUCCAAGGCGGGCAGUCAGCAGGGCAGUUCUUCAGCUUUGGUCCCAACAUCGCGCAGGCUAAGACCUCGAUGAGUCGCAUUCUGAGUGCUCGAGCGACGGCCAACGCCAAAGUGGAAAAUACCACGACAGGGCCGCUUUUCUCUCCUGAGCAGAAGCACGCCGCUGAUAUCGAAUUUCGAGACGUCACUUUCAAAUAUCCUUCUCGAAACGUCGCGGCAUUUUCCAACCUCAGCGUAUCGAUCCCGAGGGGUCAAUUUGUCGCCUUUGUUGGACCCUCUGGCGCUGGCAAGUCCACAGUCAUCUCGUUACUUGAAAGGUUCUACGACGCUACCCACGGUUCCAUCUUAUUCAACGGACGGGAUAUCCGCUCUAUUGAACUCUCCUCCUACCGAAGAUGCAUUUCCCUUGUCGCUCAGGAGCCGAGACUGUUCGAUGGCAGCAUCCAAGACAAUCUACUCCUAGGUCUUGAAUCGACGGACGACGAGGUCACACACGAACAGAUGGUGCAAGCAUGCCAAGACGCCGAAAUCCACGAUUUCAUCCUAUCUCUACCUAGCGGCUACCUCACGAAUCUCGGCGUCAGCGCGCAAACAUCGCUCAGUGGCGGCCAGAAACAGCGCCUGUGCAUUGCACGGGCUCUAAUCAGGAGGCCAUUGGUUCUUCUUUUGGAUGAGGCGACGUCCAGUCUGGACUCUCAGUCUGAGAAGCUCAUCCAGGAGGCGAUGGAGCGCCUAGCUGUGAAACGCAAUAUGACUAUCAUCGCGGUCGCGCACAGACUAGCCACUAUCCAAAAGGCAGAUAGCAUCUUUGUCUUCGGGGAAAGUGUAUCACAUCGCGGGUCGGAGAUAUUGGAAAGGGGGACGCAUCGCGAGUUGCUUCGAAACAAGGGACCUUACUGGCAAAUGUGCCAGGCACAGACUUUGGAGAUGUAG